UAUGAAGUCUGCAUAGUGGAUAGAUGGGAAUCUAUGAGGUGCUGGUGACUUUAAAAGAGAGCAUUUUCCUUGCUGUAGACCUGCUAGUUAAAACUAAAACAUUCAUUCAAUAUAUAUGUGCUUGAUAGUUAUGUUUGUACUGCUAUUAUAAAUGGACAUUUCUGUUUGGAGUUUGGCCAUAUUAAGAUCUUAAUCUGUCAUAUUUCUGCUAACUUGCUGUAUCUUGUGUUUUCAUACCCACUGAACUUUUCCCUGUUUUAUCCUGUUACAACCACAAACGUGAAUGGGUUUUAUGUGGUCGACCAACACAAUAGUGGUGCAUAAUUGUGAUGAGGAAAAUAACAAUCAGGUAACAGGUAACAGGUGGUUUGUAGUUACAGCAACAAGUCCAAAAGCCACAGCUUCUGUUACACUUUCAAAUGUGUGACAUGUUUUGCUCCAUAUUUCAGGUCUUUAACUCCGACCAGCCUCUCAUUCCCUGCAGAAGAAGGCAACCCUAAUAUUUUUGCUGCCUCUUCCAUCUUACACUGUUUAUAUUCCAGGAUUUUCUAUGAUGGUUUUCUACCACAUGUAGUAUUUUGUAUUGAGAUUGUAAAGUUUCAUUUUGGUUCUUCCACAUGUUCAGAGAGUUUCUGUGUCCCUGGGUCUUUGUGGUUGUGUAUUUUGAUUCCUUCACAGAUCAGCCUAAAUUUGACUGAAUUUAAAUGGCACACAGCUAGAUUUUGUUUACUAAAUUGUCUAUUUUUUAUUGGUUUUUAAAUUUAUAUAAAUAAAGAUGCCAGUCUCAGUUUUCAAACUUGUAUGACCUUCCUUAUACUUACUUAACGAUUAUGCUCUACUUUUGUGUUGCCAUAAAAUCCCAUUAAAAAUAUUAGACUUUGUGAUUGUAAUGUGACAAAAUGUUAAAAGUUCAAGAAUUAUGAUUACUUCAACAUUAAUAACGUGUCUUUAAGAUCUGAAUCUGACUUAUUUCUAUCUUUACACCCUGUCUGGUGUGCUCCUGGGACAAAAGUCCUCAGUAAAAAUACCCUUCGAAACUAGUUGUUGGCUCGGUUUAAAUUAGGUAUUUUUGUUGAUUGUUUCAUCCACAUGGAAGCCUUGUUUAAGUAUGCAGUGUCCUGUGUUUUUUACUUCAGGCGGAGCUGAUUGGACAGAGCUUGUUUGACUACAUACACCCCAAGGACAUGGGAAAAGUGAAGGAGCAACUGUCUGCUUCUGAAUUGCACCCUCGUGAGCGACUAAUAGAUGCUAAAACUGGUCUGCAGGUUCAGGCUGACCUUCCCAUCGGUGCGUCACGGUUGUGUUCAGGCGCUCGGCGCUCUUUCUUUUGUCGCAUGAAGUACAACAAAAUACCUGUGAAAAUUGAAGAAAAGGAAACCCAGGCAAACACCUCUAAAAAGAAAGAGUCACAGAAAUACUGCACAGUCCACUGCACUGGCUAUAUGCGCAGUUGGCCUACCAGUCAGAUGGGAGCGGAAGGAGAAGCAGACAAGCAGGACAGCUCCUAUUUUAGCUGUUUGGUGGCGGUGGGACGCGUCCAUUCACACUCAGCUCCGCAAGUUAACGGAGAAGUCCGAGUUAAACCCACCGAGUUUGUUACACGCUACGCCAUGGAUGGAAAAUUCACCUUUGUUGAUCAAAGAGCAACAACCAUACUGGGUUAUCUUCCCCAAGAAUUGCUGGGAACGUCGUGCUACGAGUACUUCCAUCAAGAUGACUUGCUGCAUUUAGCCGAUCGACAUCGAAAAGGUUGCAUCGGAUGCCAAAGGAGAUGCAGAAGCCCAGGCCACUGAGGAUGGCAAUGAUGUAGCGCUUGGGCAGACCGCCGCAGCUGCAGUCCAGCAGGGGGGCAGGAAGUGGUGCUGAUGUCACCGGCUGUCCAUCUUCUGUCAGUUCAAUGUUUUCCUCAUCCUCAACAUUACUACCGUCCAUUUUCCUAAAGAGUAAAAGGGAAUGGCAAUCUGUUCACUUUGCUGCAUUUUCAUGUCACACUGUUAUUUAUAUAGAUUUAUAUAGUGUGUUAGUAAAAAUCAGUAGCAAACAAGGAUAAGGAUCAGUGAUCUGCUGUCAUCAGGUUUCUUUAAGGUUUCUCAUUCUUCACAUCCAUUCUGCCUCCUGAAUCAACAUGUCUCUGUUCACACCAGCCAGCAAUAGAUCUCCUAUUACCAGAGGCAUCUCCACAGUGCAGAGGGCUGCUGAAAUUUGCAGUUUUUCUUCUGCACAAAUUUAAGAGAGGGAAGAACAAGCUUUGAUGGAUUGUAAUAUUUCUUUCACAUCUGCCACUUUCUUGGUGCAGAGCUUUUUUUAUUGGCACUAAUUGUAAAUAUUGUCUUUUCAAUGCUCAAAGAGACAUGUGCAUUUUAUAUAUAUUUUUUUAUUUAAUUAUCUCCAUUUCACAUUACUUUAGAUUGUGAAAUGUAUCUUUCACAGUAUUUUUUCAUAACUACACUGUAUUUAUGUUGAAAUUUUGACCUUAAUGUAUGGUAUUAUAUUUUUAAUUCUGUUUUAUAUAUUGUAUACUCUAUCUUUGUGUGAGUCUAUUUGCUGUUAUUGCCUGUUACUUUGCUGCUGUUGCACAGAUUUUUUUUUUUUUACAUUAUUCUACAGUAUUCUAUCUAUUGCUAUGUUUUUGCCUCCACUGUGCCUCUUGUUGCUGAAAGUAAAUCAUUCCCUCCAGAUCCAGGAUCUGAUAUUUCAGACAGAAAUUAGGAGAAGUAUUGCAAAAAUUACAAAAUAAUUUUAAUAAUGAUAAUAAUCAUCAUAAAUUGAGAACAAAUAAAUAAAUAUUGCCACAAUUAUUAGUAUGAUUAUUAUUAUUAUUAUUAUUAUUAUUAUUUGUGGCAGUGGAAAUAUAAGUGUUGGUAGUAUUUCUGUUAGGUUUUACAUCACUAUUUUAUUUUCAUUAUCUUAUUAUGACGUUAUUAUUAGAAUUAUGUCUUGAAUAAAUGCUAAGCCAAAACCCACACUAAACAUGUCUGUCAUCACUUUGUUCUAUAUCACAUAAAUGUCUUCUGUUUUCAUAAUGAUGUUGCCUUUAUUUUAUUUUCUGUAAUUCUAUUUUUGUUGUCUUGUCUAAAUAAUCCUCCACUUUAUUUUCUAAAGACAGUCGUCUGAAUACAUGUCUAAGCUUCUCCACCGCUGACAAAUUCUUCUGUUAAGAAUUUAUUAGAUGUAAAAUAUGCAUUACUGCCUAAAAAUAAAACCUGUGAUUACAUCACUGGCCUCCCUCUGCAA